AUGGCUGUGACUCAAGGAAGUGAUUUGGAGAUUGUCAGGUUACUGCUCUUUGACAAGAGGGUGGACCUGAAUAUUGCCGAUAGUGAGGGCCGAACCCCUAUAUCCUCGGCUGCAAGCCACGGACACACAGCCAUCGUGGAGAUCCUACUGCGGAGAGAUGAUCUGGAUCUGACAAGCUGCGACAACAAGGGCUUUACGCCUCUAAUGUGGGCGGCCUAUGGUACUAGGUGGUCCUCAGACGCUGAAGACUCCGAUCACCAUGAAGUCGUCGCGCUCCUCCUCGCCACGGGUCGAGUCGAUGCCAAUGCUCGUGAUUAUCAAGGUCGAACAGCACUGUCUCACGCGGCACAGCGAGGUCGUGUGGCCACGGUGGAGGCACUUCUCCGCCAUCCCGGGAUUGACGUUGAGACGCGGGAUAACCAAGGCUGGACGCCGCUUCUGCUCGCCAUUGAGGAAAAGCAUGAGGCUGUGGCGAAGUGUCUUCUC